CGCACGCAUAUAAAAUUUGCUCCACGCACACACAAUCGCAGAGCCCCCAAUCCCUCCGUGGAUUAAACUAGUUCCGCAAAAGCAGAGAAGCCACCGCCUCCCUCCUUGGUUUUGCUGCUCGAUCUCCUCUCUCUCCUUUUCUCCCUCCCUCCCUCCAUCGCUCGCCGUAAAGAAGCCAUAGCAGAGGAGCGAGUAGCGUAGCGUAGCUCGGUGUGGGGGAGAUCGAGCGGAGGGGGGAGAAAAGAAAGGAGCAAUCGAGUGCUUCUGCUCCCCGGCUGGAAAGUCGCCCGUCUUUUCUUUUCCCCUGGGGAAGCUGAAUUGGUGGAUUGAUUCGCGUGCGUGCGCGGUCAUGGCGACGAGGCGGAGCUAGCCAGUGGAGGAGUCGCGCUUCUUCUCGAUUUCUUCGGCUCGGCGCCGAGGGGAGAAUUAUUGGUGUUUGGGAGGAGGGAGAGGAGGAGGGAGCUAGCUGAUGUACGGCUCGCCGGCGUCCAAGGAUCUGAACCAGCCGCCGCCGCCGACGAUGAACUCCUCCGGCCUCCUCAGGUACAGAUCGGCGCCCAGCACGCUGCUCGGCGAGGUCUGCGAGGAGUUCCUCCAGCCCGGCCCGCGCGCCGCCAGCCCCGACGCCGCCGCCGCCGCCGACAACGUCUUCUCCCGCUUCCUGGCCGACCACCAGAUCCGAGACACCAAGCCGCCGCCGCCGCCGCCCGUCGCGCCCGGGGCCCACUUCCCGGAUGACUCCGCCGCCAUGGCGUCCCAGCAGCACCAGCAGCAGAUGAUGUUCCACUCCCAGCACCAGCAACAGCAGCAGCAGAUGCCCCCCGUCGGCGUCGAGGGGCUCUACCGCACCGUCAGCUCCGCCGGGAUGGACUCCGCCACCGCCGGCGGCGCCAGCAGCCUGCUCCGGCAGAGCAGCUCCCCCGCCGGCUUCCUCAAUCAUUUGAACAUGGACAACGGGUACGAGAGCAUGCUGCGGCAAGGCAUGGGCGUCGGCUUCCGGAACGGCGCCGCCAACGCCGCGGCCGUGGACUCCUCCGGCAGCAGGCUCAAGGGGCAGCUCAGCUUCUCGUCGCGGCAGGGGUCGCUCAUGUCCCAGAUCUCGGAGAUGGGCAGCGAGGAUCUCGGCGGCAGCAGCCCCGAGGGCGCCGGAGGCAGCCGCGGCUACAUCCCCGGCUACCCGAUGAGCUCCGGGUGGGAGGAGUCGUCGCUCAUGUCGGAGAACAUGUCCGGGAUGAAGCGCCCCCGGGACUCCUCAGAGCCUGCCGCCCAGAACGGCCUGGCGCACCAGUUCAGCCUGCCCAAGACCUCGUCGGAGAUGGCCGCCAUCGAGAAGUUCCUCCAGUUCCAGGACGCCGUGCCCUGCAAGAUCCGGGCCAAGCGCGGCUGCGCCACGCACCCCCGCAGCAUCGCCGAGCGGGUGAGGAGGACAAGAAUCAGCGAGCGAAUCAGGAAGCUGCAAGAGCUCGUCCCAAACAUGGACAAGCAAACCAACACGGCUGACAUGUUGGAUCUGGCUGUCGACUACAUCAAGGAGCUCCAGGAGCAGGUCAAGGUGAUCAACGAGAGCCGCGCCAACUGCACCUGCUCGGCGAGCAAGCAUCAGCAACAGUACUCCGGUUGAGAGAAGAGAGGGGGGAGAUCGGUCUCAUCUCAUCUCUAGAAGAAGCUCCGCUGUACAAGACCUGGAGAAUUUAGAAACAAGAUUGUUUGGGGAAGGUGUAACGCAUGGUAGUAGCUUUUCGUUUUCUUUGCGGUUUGGGUAUAAGCAGGCAAGCGAGCAAGCAGAGGAGGGCGCGCAAUGGAGCAGUGGCAUCAUCAAGGAUUCAAGCAAACAAGGGAUGGGAGAUCGGAGAAGGGAGGAGGAAGGGGGCCGGAGAAGAUGGAGGCCGGAGAAAGAAUUGUACAGUAUAGUUUUUGCUGUAACUUUGCUAUAUAUACCCCCCAACCACGCCCGUAUCCGGUGCAUUCCCAUAGAAAGUUACUACUGCCAUUGUUGUCAGCGCUGCUGCAAGGAGCUCUAGGCUCUCUCGCUUAACACCGUCACUACUCACACGGUCACACUCCGUCGCCAAUAAAAAAUAUUGCACCGCUUUGCUUU